CCAAUCUUGUUUUGCGGUGCGCGAGAAUUUUCAGGCGGCGCCAUCUUUAGUUUUGAUGCAUAUAUCAACUUGCUCUAUUGGGGGGGGGAUAUCGCAAGGUGUACUCGUGUUCCGUGUUCUUGGGGUGCAUGCAAGAAGUGGCUUACUGUAUACGGAGGCUCAUAACUCUGUUGAUCGGUAGAUCUUGCCACUUGAACACUUGUGUCUUGCCUUUACCCGCGGGUGACAAAAAACUUCUUCCUGAUUGUUUUGCUCAAUCUUGAGCCAACGGCUCACAACAAAAUUAUACAGGUUGCAUCGUGUCUCACAUGUUCCAGGGUCUAUCUAGAUGUGAAUCAACGUAAUGAAACCUAGUGGCCGAUUGGCAAAAAAAACGGGUAGGCAAAAGUAAAAAAACAUUCCCCAAAAAAACGACUUCUUCAUGCGACUCGGCGAUAUCAGUACGAUGUACACGAUUCAGAAAAAAGCUCAACCGAGUAGUCACGACCAAGAAGAAAACUAGAUCUUGACCGAUGAAGAUAGGUGUGAACAUUCUGUGAACAACACUACUUACUGCCAAUGUUGUUGUCCCUCUUCCACUUCAUUUUCUUGACAAAGUUGAUGCAAAGGGAAAGUCAAAACCGCAAAUUUUUG